UAGCGGGAAGUAGAUUUGGAAAAAGCCAGGCGCGAGAGUAGGCAAUAAUAAUACGUCUUCGGUUGUUGAAACAAAUUUGUAACAGAAAUCUAUUCAUAAACGGCGUUAAUGCUAACCAGCUGUUUGGGGGAGCCUUUUGCAAUUCUCAAAAUUACCAGAGAAGGAAGACAGACUAGCGGGAGUUUAACCACACACAGCCCACCAGUGGUUCAAGCCAGAAACAUCGAGUGUAAGAGACGGCCAUAAACUCAAAAUUAAUGGCCGCUGCCCGGACCAUGAAAACAGCGUUUUAUUUCACCCCCUGGUUUGACAGCCGUCGGCUGGUAGUUCAACAUAAAAAUGGACUUCAAAAAAGCAAGAAACCCCCAAGUAUAUGAGUUCUGCUCUGUUUACGGCAGGUUAGAACUGGGCCGGUUCGGCCACACUUCGCUCGGAUUUUGUUGCCUGUAAUCCGGUUAACACUCACAGACGGUCGCGCGGACUUUUGUGGUGAAAGAAAAUACGAAAACAGUAAGAGUGUGUUUGGAGAGAUUUGGUUCAGCAACGGUCAGAACUGGCACCCACACUUCGGUGUAAGCUUCGACUGGGAGAGAGCUUGCUCGGUGAAUAAAUUCGUCUCCAUCAGGUUCGGUAAUCGAGUUUGAACGCGGAAAAUCAGUAAAAAUUAGCAAUUAAUUUAUUUGGUCGUCAAGUGAACGCUGACAGUCAUAUAUCGUUGAGGCUGUGUGUGUGUAUCCUCCGUGUGUGGGCAGGUCAUGAUGGGUGGUCGCCAGCGGCGCGCUGAUUGGCUGCCGGAUUUCUGGGCGGAUCUUAGCGCUCAUGAUGGCUACGUGUUGACGGUUUCCUUGUGGCUGAGUAUAUUGAGCAGGCAGUGGCCUUAGCGAGCGGAUCCAUGCCCAUGUACGCUUUCAACUCGGUUGAGAACUCCGGCAACACGCCACCCUCUGCCAACCUGGGGCUGACCAUGCAGGCCAGUUUCGCAUCGGCCAACCCGGCCACGCCGAACUCGCUGGGCGUCAUGCACCCGGUCUUUCAGGACCAGAGCUACUAUCGCCACCCCAGCUACUCGGGGAUGCCCGUGUCCGUCUAUAGCCAUGACCAGUAUUCCAGCAUCGCACGGGGGUACGGGCCGUACGGCCACCAACAGCAGAACCCCAAAGAUAUGGUCAAGCCACCUUACUCCUACAUCGCUCUGAUUGCCAUGGCCAUCAUGAAUUCACCGGAGAAGCGGUGCACGCUCAACGGAAUAUACUCCUUCAUCAUGGACAGGUUUCCGUUUUACAGGGAAAACAAACAGGGCUGGCAGAACUCGAUUCGGCACAACCUGUCCCUCAACGACUGCUUCAUCAAGAUACCGAGGGACGACAAGAAGCCUGGAAAGGGAAGCUACUGGAGCCUGGACCCUGACAGCUACAACAUGUUUGACAACGGCAGCUACUUGAGACGCAGGAAGCGAUUCAAGAGAAAUAAGGCCAUACCGGAGAAGGAGGACAGCCGGGACAGGAUCAACGACGGUCAUUCUGGGGACACUACAUCCCAAGAACUUGUCAACCACCAGAACGGUGUCUCUUCAGGGACCGAGGAGUCGGCUCAUCCGGCCGAGUCGACGUCCCCCAUGACGGCUACCUCCAAGGUACUGACCAGCAACAACACCAGCACCAACCCCCCUCUUCUGACCCCAAAAGUGGAGCCCGUGGACUCCCCCGUUCUGAGGGAAUCGCCCGUGAACUCGCGGCAGUUGUCCAGCGAGGGGACCAUGAUGACCACCUCGCCAUCGAGCUACACCGUUGACAACAUCAUGACCGUGCACCACGACCGGGACUCGACCAACGGCUGCAACGCCGACAUGAACUCGGCCAGUCACCAUUUGCCCGGGAGGCCGGUGGUGGGCCAGCUCGUGUCCCCACAGCCCCUCAGUUAUAACCAGACUUACCACUCGGGACCUGGCGGGGUCUCGUGCUCCAAGAAAACGACCGGCAAUGUGAACCACAGCAUGAACUACCACUGUAACAUGUACGAACCGGACCUGAGCAUGGGCAAGCACAUGGCCAUUGCCCCUACACCCGAAGAGGUGCACCAGGAGCAAGGCCUGUCCCAGCGGCCCAGUCCCCAGGGCCCGAACUCCAUCAUGACUUCGCAGCCCAGCAGUCUCAGCCCCGUGCACCGUGGCACCACCGGCAGCAACGCGUGGUACCAGGGCCCCAGCCCGGCCGACCUGCAUGGGACCAGCACGGGCUCGCACGGCCAGUCCUUCGGUAUGUACGACUCGCAGCGGCUGCCCUCGCAACGGCUUAUGGCGCUGAGCCAUAACUCGCCCGUGACUUUGGGUCUGAACAGCGGCGACAGCUGCCAACUGGCCGCCACGUCUUACCGUUCCCCGACCGGCACGACAGCACCUGGUAUGUACCAUGUGGCAGGACAAUACUCCUCCUAUGACUGUUCAAAGUACUGAUAUAAACAAAGCUUAAGGAAAAAAACACAGACACGAAAAGAAAAGAAAAAUGCAAAAAAACGGGUUCCUAUUCUACUUGUCAUUUUGUGUUGCACCGUCAUGACCGUGAAUCUUGAGACACGUGGUUUAGUCCGCUACUUGUUUGACCAUGGUUUGACCGAAUUUGUCAAUAUUUAUACAACUACGAAGUGUUCUAAUUGUCCACCACCAUUACGACUGCACACAAACCGACUUGGUAUGAUUUCUACUGAAAUCACGUCGUGUUUGAUUUGGGUCAGACCGGUGGCAAAUUCUCCCUUUGAAAGUGUUUUCUUUAAGGUGGUAAAAAUGUAGCAUAUAAGCGUUCCUGCUACCGACCACACUUUGUUUUUGUUAACUUUUGGGUGAGAGCUUUGAAUAAUAUUUCUUCAACAAACAACCCGCCUACAGUGGGUGACUUGGCCUGGUGGAUGUCACCUCAACUAGUGACAUCGAUCUGGUGUUAAGCUCAUGACAAUGCUCUGGUAUUGUACACCACCAUUCUGGCUUGACACUGUUUAGCCGGUAUUUCGCCAGCUUGUUUAUCGAAUUUUAAAUAGUCCACCAUGAUAAUGUUUGUAUUUGAGUAUAAUGCUUAGACAGAUUUUAAACAUUUGAUGGUGGUCGUGUCACAGGUUGAGGACACUUUCCCCGUAUAAUGAUGAAUUGCUGUCGAGAACUUUGUAAUUAGAUGCACAGAGGAUAAAGCUGGAAAUUUGUUGGUGAGACAUUUUGUAUUGUGUAAACACAGUUUUGAACCACAUUUUCAGAACAUGACUGUUUUUGGUUGGUUGUUUGGAUUAAAAAUAGUCCACCAAAUGUCUAAUUAUCAGAAUGGUACUUUACACAAUUUGAGAAUAUGCCUCCCCAGGGUGUACCACUUAUGCUGUCAUUUUUAUUUCAGCCUGACUAUAGAUUUUAAUUUCCCUUUUCCAUUGUCAUUGACCGGAAACAUUGAAGCGACGGGGCGUGUUAGUACUAGUAGUAUACUGGGGGUUUUCUCCUUUUUAUUCAAUUAUGGGUGAAUUACAUUAAAAAUGGUUCUGGUCCUGGCCACUUGUGGGAACAAAAGUGAAGGAUUUCAGCACAGAGAGCGAUGGGAUACGGUACAUCAGCACAGAGGGGAGACUAGUUAUAGACCCAGUCACUGGGGCACGCACGCAAGCAGCGCAGUCAUUUUGUGCAAUGUACCGCCCGGUUCUUAGGCCCGAUCAGCCACGCUUGAUAUCAUAUGCUUUGCCAGACCCGGGCGUCGACGCUAAGCUUUGGCCGGCUCCACAGCGAGAAGCCGACCCGACUCUAUUCAAUUUACAACCCCGUGAGUCCUGUCUCCCGCGACCGCUGGACUGUCUCGCAGUGUCGAGCGGGAACUGGCUUAAUGGAGUUUGAAGAAGAAAAAAAAAAUUAUACACAUUGGUCGAGAAUAGAUUCCUUCAAGAAGCCCUUCUAUUUACAUGAGUUUAACAUGUUUCAAAGCCCGAGAGAUAUAAAUAUUAAUAUAUGUGUACAAUGAUGUGUAUACAUAUGUAUAUAAACAUAUGUAUAUAAACAUUCAUAUAAAUAUCUAAAUAUUUAUACAUGACAAAGGUAAAAUGGCCAAAUCUUUUAACCAUUUUUAAAAUUUAGAUUUGUCUCGGAUCUGUAUGCACUGAGUGUAUCCUUGGAGGAAGGACCGUUUUCGUAUCUUUGCAUUUUUACACAACAGAUGGUUAAAACUUGUCAGAAAUGUUCUGUUCUCGAGUACGUAUGAUUGCAAGGAGGCAGCGUCAUUUUUAUUGAGGUAAUUACUACAUGCCAAAAUAGCCAGGCCAAGCGUUUGUAAUUUCCUUAUCGUUCACGUGUAGAGUCUAUUUGCUUGUGGAAAAGAAAAACCACAGUCACAACCUGGGAAAACAGAAGUCCCUUGGUAGCUUUGAAAGAAGGAAAGAAAGAAGCGUUGCAAAUAAUCAAGAGAAGAAAAAUAACUUAUUACUCGGACUGAGAGAAAUUGCAUGUGAAUUAUUGUCCCUUCUGUGAACUCCUAUAACACCGCUUCAAUUUUUGCACAAUCGGUGGCACUGGCCGGCAUAAUCAGCUUGUGGUUAGCCAAUUUGGACAUUUCACUUUUGAAAAGCGCUUUCAAUGCUUCCCAUCAGCGUCAAAGUGAAAGCAGCAUCUCCAGGCUUUCACAUGGGGAAGGAAGUUACCAUAAAUAAUUAUUGUUGGUGUCAAAUGACGUAUUAAAACCCUAACAAUACCCCAAGUCUAAUCGGGACAAAAAGAGAGCUGUCCAUAACUGGAAACAAACAAGAAAAACCCCUCUCACCCCAAGUCAUUAUUCUGGCUUUCACCAUUUCACAUUUCUAGUGGACGCUCCAUUGUCGUCCAAAAGGCUGGUCUACAUUUUGGAAUCUUUGACUUAUUAAAAGAUCGGAUGUUAUUUACUGCUUGUAACCAAGUAAGACAAUUUAAUCAUCGCGUUGUGGCGUUAGAUGUAACCAUCGAGGUUGUCGUUCAUGCGAUACAUCGAGUAUGAAGUGUCCUAUGAUGGCCAACGGUCAGGCUUUCUAGCGGAUCACAAUGAAAUGAAUUAUUGUGGCGCGUUUUUCGAACCACAGAAGAGGCAAAACUCCGGCUUAUAUGCAUUCCCAAGCUGGAUUUCAGUUGGUGUUAAUGCUCCCAAACGAAGCAAAUUCGGCGGGAAAUUAUUCUUACAUUUCAACCACUAGCCUCUUUUUUGCGCCAUUUCAGCCGGCUGUUCGGACAUGGGGAAUUAUGCAUUGCAGCGCUAGUUUUGCUGGUCGAUCUGACACAGAUUACAAACACAAGAAGGGAAAGAAAAAAAUAGGGGGAGAAAAAAAUCGAUCAUUAUCCAUGAACGGGUCUCACGCUUAAUUAGAACGGAGCUGUCACGUGAGUGAUUCAGAUUAUAUUUCCCAAGCAACUGUGUUGAACUGAAUAGGUAGGGGAAAACUGUUGUAUAGCGGAUAAUACUUUAUUGGUCCUUGGUCUAUAAUUUCGUUGUUAUUUUCCUGAGAGGAAUUGUAAAAUUAACAUGGACAUUAUUGUUUAUCAUUUGGAACUAAAUAUGGAAAUUGUCGAACGUAACCGUCAACAGGAUACUGAAAAGUUUAAUGUCCACGUCAUGGAUUCAUUCGUGUGUAGAAAAGAAAGAAUGUGCCAUGUGGGCGAAAAACGACUUUUGACGAACCAAUCAAUUCAAAUCCUGGACCAAUUUGGGGAAAGUAUGAACUGAAUUGUCAUUGGCUCAUCUCUCUUUACGCAACUCCUUCAUUUGGCACGUCAACUCAGUAAGUGUAUACCACAGUGUGUUUUUACUCAAAGCAUAACUCUCGGUAUUUGUAAUUAUGCCAUUGUGGUCAUUGUAUUUUCGGAAUGCUUCUUCGAGCAACUCACUUGGAUAUUUUUUUCAUUUUUUUGUGUUUCUAAUUUAUAAGAUUUUUAUAAGAUGUUUGUCGCAAAAGCUUCACACUCGAUCACUUUUCUAAUUAAGUUAGGCCUACUGUGAUUAGAUUCAUUGCAGGGUUUGUAGCGGGACUUGUACAUUGGAAAUAAUUAUUACUAAACACUUUGUCUUUCUUUUUAAGAAUGGUUUUAAUGUGGUUUUAAUUGUUUUGAGCAAUACACUCCUGCGAAGCGGCGAACUGGCAUGUCUUUGUAGACUUCGCUGUCAUGCAUAAUGGUGUUGACAACCUUUUUCUUUUGUGAUUUUGUAUUUCUUUUGGGGCUGUUUCCAAAAGGGCGCAUUCGCGUCAGACAGUAGAGGUUUACCUUAAGUUUGUACAUUGUGUUCAUAUUUUGAAUGGAAAAGAAAAAGAAACUAAAAUACUCGGUUGUAAUAAUAUUUCUCUGAAGUAUUUCUGACAGGAAGAAAGAAAUCGUGGGUAAGAGCCACAGCUUUCCCUCUUAACGUCUUUUCUUUCUUUCUUUUUUUGAAAAACAAGUCUAAUAAAAUACGAAUAAUUUUACGCUGGGAUGAACAA